AUGGGUGAUGCCUUAUGCGGGCCGUCAAACGCCCUUCAGAACUUCCAGAAGCAUACAUCUGUUGAUCGGACCCUUCAGCAAGACCGGUUGACUUCACGUCAAUCGCCUGUUCAGGGCUUCCGAUCCCAGAACCCCCAAGAAGGAAUACUCGACCAGGAGUUUGCCGCAUUCGAAGGCAACCUCGCCGGCCCUGCAUUGCCCAACUUGCAACAUCUCGCCCAUUUUGGAGCACCAUCACAUCAUGCGGCGGUACACCACCCAGCCGCACACGGUGCAGGUAACGCUAGUUGGGCGGCGGACUUCCAGAACUUGCAGAUAUCGGGGCCCUCACAUCCAGUAGCGCAACUACAAAGACCAAAUAUGGCACCAGCGAUGACAAAUGGCGGGUGGCAUACUGAAUUCAUGACUCAACAACGAGGGCCUAUGUCCCAGAUCCAGCAAACGCCGCAAAUGCAUGGUGCCUAUCAACCGUCUUUUGCACCAGGCUACCAGAUGUAUGGCUCGUCCAUGAAUCAGAUGCAGCCCCCGCAGGUUAUGCAGACCGAGCAACAACAGCACACGCAGCAGUUUGACGAAUCCGCCUUUGAGGCUGCCUUUGAUCAGGCACGGGCGGACAUGGAGUUGCAAGCAGUCGAUGUUGCUCAGCAAGAUACACAGAAGCACUUGCAGGAGACCAACGAAGUCGAAGUUACCGAACCAGUCGCUCAAGAGCAGAUUCGACUCGGAUCGGAUCUUAUCCCUCAAAGUGACAAGCAGGAUCCAGAAACACAGAGUCGAGAUGCAGAUGAACUUGCGCGGACAGCGGGGCAGCUGCUCGACAGCGUGCGAAACGAACAAAGCCAAAAAUUCCAACAAAGUAAUUUUCUGGCGUUGAUGCGCCGGAUUCGAGAUCGCGAGGUGGAAGUUGCAGGAGAUGAUUUCCGCGAAACGGCGCAAUCUCUUCACCCAGGUGGGCGAUACUACCCGGGCCAACCCUACACAAACCCCCCUGGUUCCGAUAUGCCGUCUAGCAGUAAGGAGCCAAACAACCCUGUCGGUAGGGUCUGA